UUUUUUCUUUUUUUUUUUUUUUUUCACCUCUUAGCUUUUCUUUAUUCCAGCCUGCAUAGCUCCCUCUUUCUCUAUUUAAACGCGCCUUUCCUCGCGCCGCGCGUCUCCUGGUCGGUUUAUUUAUUUAUUUAUUAACGUCUCCCCUGGACGCCUCGCUGCUUCCCCGCUGUCACCAUUUAUUAUUGUUGUUUCAAAAACAAAAACAACAUCUCACGCCGUCCCUCAAAUGAGAAGACGCAGAAGAUGGAGCUUCACAUCCUAGAGCACAGCCUGAAAGUGGCGAGCAUAGAGAAGGAGGGCAUCCAGAUCUGCACCCACGGACUCGUGAAACUCGCCUUCCUGGCCUCCAGAACCAGAUGCAAGUUCUUCAGCCUGACGGAGACCCCGGAGGACUACACCCUAAUCGUAGACGAGGAAGGCUUUAAAGAGCUGCCCCAGUCGGAGCACAUCAGCGUGGCCGACGCCACGUGGGUGGCCCUCAACGUGGUGUCGGGCGGCGGCAACGCCUCCAACUCGCAGCCCAUCGGGGUCACCAAGAUCGCCAAGUCGGUCAUCGCGCCGCUGGCCGACCACAACAUCUCCGUCUUCAUGCUGUCGACGUAUCAGACCGACUUCAUUCUGGUGCGGGAGCGGGACCUGCCCAUGGUCACGCACACGCUGUCUUCUGAGUUCACUUUGCUCCGGGUGGUCAACGGAGAGGCCGUGGCCGCCCCCCACCUGGGGGCCGCCAACGGCUUCGUGAAGCCCAAACUCGCGCCGCGUCCCGUCAUCCAUCCCCUCUCCAGUCCCAGCAACAUGUUCUGUGUGACCAGCCUGGACCCGGACACGCUGCCCUCCGUGGCCACGCUGCUCAUGGACGUCAUGUUCUACUCCGGAGGGUCGAAGGAGGCCUCGGCCGCCAGCGAGGACUCCGGCCACAUCCGCUUCUUCUCCUUCUCGCUGAUCGAGGGCUACGUGUCUCUGGUCAUGGACGAGCAGACGACUCAAAGGUCUCUAAUCAACGUCCCUUGUCCUCUCGAGAUGUUGUCCUCCUUUACAGUCACUUAGGGCCGGGACAUUAUGUGCACGCCGGGGGGGGGUGGGGGGGGGGACUAAUUUAUGAUGAUGGUUGUUGUUGUUGUUGAAGAGGGAGAGUUGGUUGCUAAGCAACAGCAGAGCAGUCGGGCAUAUACGGCGUACCUAAGUCACAGCGGGUUUCAGUCUGACUCGUUUGUCCCCCGCCGGGUCCCCCUCCGUCUCACAGAAGACCCUCUCAUGGAGCAAACAGCAGCAGCUUCUGUAAUCACGGAAGAG